CGCGCUGCUGUCGCUUCCUGUCCGUGCCCAGGUCACCGCUGGCCGUGGUUCCCAGGCUCUGGCCUCCGUUGGGCGAGGAUCCCGGGGUCUGCGGGGCUGGACGCUGUCCGGUCGGGCCGCCACCCAGCGGGCGCGGGGCUGUGCGGGCCAGGGCCCAGAGCCGGCUCCUCGGGGACGCGGCCUCGGGAGGCGCAGCGGCGAGGACCCCGGGGGAGAGGCGCCGGAGGAGCAGCCGGGUCCCGGAGCCUCGGGAGCCUUGGGGCAGAUCAGCGAGUCCCGCGGGGUCUGGCUCCACUUUCGCCGUCCACCACGGUUUUCCAAGAGCAGCAGAAGAUGAGUAAAUCUCUGGGGCCAGUGUUGUUCAGGGACGUGGCCGUGGACUUCACCCAGGAGGAGUGGCAGCAGCUGGACCCCGAGCAGAAGACCACCUACCGGGACGUGAUGCUGGAGAACUACAGCCACCUGGUCUCCGUGGGGUGCCACGCCGUCAAACCGGAAGUCAUCGUCAAGCUGGAGCAAGGGGAAGAGCCGUGGGUGGAAGGGGAGCUCCCGCCCCCGAGGUGGCCAGACGUCCGGAAAGUUGACGCGACAGAGACGGCCCAGGGAAGCGAAGACACACGUCGGAGGCAGACCGUCCCCGCUGCCGCCGAGACCCCGGCUGAAGAAGGAGUCGCCCUUCUUGCUAAGGCCUUGCGUGUGGAGACGAGCCCUGCUCCUUCGAGGAAAGUGCCCUGCACGUGCGACUCGUGCGGGAAGACCCUGAAGCCCGCCCCCGCGUACAUCAGCAGCGACGGGAGCUACGCCAGGACGAGGCCCGGCGCCUGCAGUGCGUGCGGGGGGUCGCCUCUGCACGUGAAGCUGGAGCAGGUGCGCGCCGGGGCGAAGGCGUAUGGGUUUAAUCAGGACGGGGAAGCCUAUACUCUAGAUGGGGAGAGCAUUUACCAGAACAUGCGUGCUUUGGAGAAGCCUUUCGAAUACGUCGGAUGCCAGAAAGCCUUCCCGGAGGAGGCGGUGUUCGCCGCCCCGAUGGCGGAGAAGCCCUACAAGUGGGACGGGCCGGGAAUGGCCUUCCUCCAGGUGUCGGGCCUGCGCGCCCACCCCGCGUCCCACGUGGACAUGAAGCCCUACGAGUGCGGCGCCUGCGGGAAGUCCUUCUGUAAGAAGUCCAAGUUCAUCAUCCACCAGCGCACGCACACGGGGGAGAAGCCCUACGAGUGCAGCCAGUGCGGGAAGUCCUUCUGCCAGAAGGGCACGCUCACCGUGCACCAGCGCACACACACCGGCGAGAAGCCCUACGAGUGCAGCGAGUGCGGCAAGACCUUCUACCAGAAGCUGCACCUCAUCCAGCACCAGCGCACGCACUCGGGCGAGAAGCCCUACGAGUGCGGCUACUGCGGCAAGGCCUUCUGCCAGAAGACGCACCUCACCCAGCACCAGCGCACGCACUCUGGGGAGCGGCCCUACGUCUGCCACGACUGCGGGAAGACCUUCUCCCAGAAGUCCGCGCUCAACGACCACCACAAGAUCCACACGGGCGUGAAGCUCUACAAGUGCGCCGAGUGCGGCAAGUGCUUCUGCCGCAAGUCCACCCUCACCACGCACCAGCGCACGCACACAGGCGAGAAGCCCUACGAGUGCAACGAGUGCGGGAAGUUCUUCUCACGCCUGUCGUACCUCACCGUCCACUACCGCACGCACUCGGGCGAGAAGCCCUACGCGUGCGGCGAGUGCGGCAAGACCUUCUACCUGAACUCGGCGCUCAUGCGGCACCGCAGGGUGCACACGGGCGAGAAGCCCUACGAGUGCAGCGAGUGCGGGAAGCUGUUCUCGCAGCUCUCCUACCUCACCAUCCACCACCGCACGCACUCGGGCGUCAAGCCCUACGCCUGCGGCGAGUGCGGCAAGACCUUCUACCAGAACUCGGCGCUCUGCCGGCACCGCAGGAUCCACAAGGGCGAGAAGCCCUACGAGUGCUGCGUGUGCGGCAAGUUCUUCUCACAGAUGUCCUACCUCACCAUCCACCACCGCAUCCACUCGGGCGAGAAGCCCUACGCGUGCGCCGAGUGCGGCAAGACCUUCUGCCAGAACUCGGCGCUGAACAGGCACCAGCGCACGCACACGGGCGAGAAGGCCUACGAGUGCUGCGUGUGCGGGAAGUUCUUCUCGCAGAUGUCCUACCUCACCAUCCACCACCGCAUCCACUCGGGUGAGAAGCCCUUCGAGUGCGGCGAGUGCGGGAAGGCCUUCUCCCGCAUGUCGUACCUCACCGUGCACCACAGGACACACUCGGGCGAGAAGCCCUACGAGUGCGGCGAGUGCGGGAAGAAGUUCUACCACAAGUCCGCCUUCAACAGCCACCAGCGCGUCCACCGGAGGGCAAGCGUGAACGUGCUCGAGGUGGGCCGGCUUCUCUGAGGUCGGGCCCCGCGUCCCGGCGGGGAGCCCGCUCAGGCGCUUGCUGCGCACGGCUCUCCUGGCGCCGGGGGGUCCAAGCUCCCGGGGGAGCGUGGGCCAGCCUCUGCGCGUGGGCCAGACGGGCGAUCUGACGGUCCACAGGGCGGAGGCCACAGCUGCCACGGGGCUGCGUGACGGCUGGGCCACCACACUGCUCAGGAGUGAAGUCCACGGACACGCCGACUGUGCGUGCGCUUGUGUGGCUUGGACUGUUCCACAUCAGGGAGUUCGUGCCAAAGUGGGGGUGCCUUUCUAAGGGAUGUGGAGAACACUCGCCUUUGGGAAUUGCGAGUACUAGAAGUUACGUUUUUGAUACAAUGUUUUUUUGUCAGAAAAGCACAUGUGGUUAAUGACUGUGCCCCCUGUGUAGCCAGAAGCUGUGGAGUCAGGGAAGCACCCAGGGCAGCAGCACAGCCGCCCUGACCUGCGUCGCACUCACCCGAGUGUUCCUGAGAACGUGUGGCUCCUCUUGCCCGCUCCUUAGGGUGGCACGUCACCGGGAUUGUAGGUCCGUCCCCAGCCGUGUUCGGAAAGGCAGGGCGUCCUCACUGGAGCACUCUGUGAGACACACAGCAAGACUGCUGCUCCGAGACGGCACCACUCCGUCAGCGCCUGGUACACGCUGCCACCGCACUGGCAGAGGCACAAAGAGUGCCCCUCGUGCCCUUCCCCAGCACUUACGAAUGUAUUCGACCGUCAGUGACGAACUGAUCCUUCCGUGCAGAACUCGGCGUUUUUCAUAACAGUGCCCACGGUGCCCGGGCCAGCAAGACACAGAAGUCAUGUGUAAAGUGGGCAGAAGCUGCACAGCUAAUCUUGCCUCGUGACAGGCGUCUCCAGCACUGGGAAGCAACUGAAGUGUUCGUUGGCUCCAUACGGUUUUAAAGUAUUCCCAUUUCUAUCUAUUUCCUUUUCUAAUUUGUAUCUAAUCCCCCUCCCCCGUUAUUAUUUGGAUGUCUACACAAAUGUAAGUGUGCAGACCACCAUACAAUGUACUUAGCAGUUACCUGUAUUUUUGUCAGCUACAAUAGCACUUGUAGAGGUUGUGCUGUACUCCCUCCGGGUCCUGAGUGGACGGACACGUUCCCGUGGUUUGGUGGCUGGCGUUGAGUGGCCACCCUCGUCACCUGCUCCUUGCUGUCUGGUGGCAGAGUGUGGGCGGCCGUGUCUCCUUAGGUAACGGGGAUAAAUCCUGAUCACUUUCGACCGUUAAUGGAAACGCCUCUCUCGUCACCAGAGACGGAGGGGGUCACAGAACCCAGCUCUAGACACACACAAAGGAGAUAUCUGACAGGUCAUUCCUGGAAAAGGUUUCCUCCGAGAUUCAAGGGAUCCUGAAGGGUGGUGUGGAGUCUGGCGUCGGACUCUUCUUGUCGGGGUGUGCUGCCCGGUGGUGUCUUCUAGCGACACGGGCCGCUGAAGCGUGACGCGGCAGGAAGGCCGGAGGGCCCUGGGGCCUGGGCGCUGCUGCUGAGACCGCGGAGCCACCCGGUGGCGUAGCCAUGUCACCCCUGGACCGUUUCUCUGGUGAAAGACUACAUUUAUUUUUAAGCAAGUGGAUAUAGGUUGCUCUGUUACAGAUAACUGAGGAUACAAAGUUAUACUUUUAUAGGAGCUACACAAUUGAGAAGUGGACUUUAGGCAAAUCAUUUAUUUCAAGGUGUUGAUAUGGAGAUUUAUUUUCCACAAAUUUUGAUGUAAGUAGUUCGAGCAUUAGAAACAAUUAAGUGUGUACCGAGUCCUUGAAUUGUUACAUCAUUGACCUGAGGACCUCUGGAACCUGAUACAAUCUUCCUUUUUAUAAAGCAUGACAAGAUUUGU